AUGUUUAGGGCGCUUCGAAAUAAGGUCCAGAACAAGAAUCGCCACUCAGACCCGGUGUUGGAUGCGGAGAAGUUUAAGUCGAACCACCGGAUAAUCAAACCGAAUGGGCGGUUGCACAGUUCUGCUCAGUCCCAGCUUGCGCCGCGGAAGUACGACGUGAGCUCUACUGGGCAGCGGUCGGUAGCUACUAACGACUCCAGGUAUAUUGGCGACCACGGGGUGAAGGAUACGUAUGAGGAGUUACUAACAUCCGUCGACCUUUGCUCCCGUUUUGCGAAAGAUGAUUCUGCCAACAGUAAAAGAAUCGGGCAGUACUAUGUGUAUGAUUUUACGGUAUACCGCGGGGGAAAGAACGCGCAGGAUGUGAGUGAUCCAAACUUUAAUAUAUUUAACAAACCGGGGGGCGUGACGCCGACAGCGGUUAGGUACGUCGCAUUCCGUCUCGCGUCUCUAUUCAAGGAGCAGUUGAAUGCUAAGUUGACGAAGAACAACUCCAACGAUACUUCCAUGAUUCGUUCCGCGAUGGAGAUUUUUAAGCCGAAUUUGUCACAUUAUUCGCACAGUGAAACCAGAGAAACCAAGAAAAUUUUGGCAUCCUUCUUUCCCAGUGAUGGAUGCUCGCUUGCUGGCGAGCUUUUGGAGCAACAGAUUCGUCAUCAUUUUGAAAGUGAUUGGAACAGAUUGAUUUUGGCGCUUCGAACUCUAUGGUCAUACCUGCCCAUGGGACUUAUCCCAUGGGACUCUUACUUAUCCUUUAAGCGGUUGGAAGAGAAACAUGCAUACCCGAUGACUGCGUUCCAUACUUACUUACCCCAGGUCUUGCCCAGUAGCGAUUACACGUGUCUGGCAUAUUCGUUUCUAGAAAUUUUAGUUGCUAUUAUUGGCAAGACAGAUCUAAUAGUCGAGACGACUAUUCAGAUGGAUCUGGUAUUUACAGCUGGACAGAUUUGUUUUGCUAGAGAUAAUAAGCUAUUAAGAUACAGAAAUGAAAAUGACAGCGAAAAUCGCCACAGUCUAAGUUUGAGCAGGCUAUAUUACACUAGAGGUUCCGCAUUGCAUCAUAUUUUUGUUUCAUACCUUCGAUCACUAAUGGAUAAGGGUAAAAUCAAGGAUUUCUACCUUAUUGAUAACUUUAAUCUUCAAGAAUACCCCCCCGGUCCUUACAAGCCCUUGAACCAGAAAGCUUUAACGAUGACUGUACCUAAGUUCCUUGCUGAUGGCGAAAUGCGUAAUGAUUUUAACCGGUUAAUAAGCUUUGCAGCAAGGGCUACGUCGCGCAUCUACUCAUCUCAUCAUACGUUCUCUAAAAUGGAAAACUAUUUCCUGGAAAAGUUUGAGGAAAAUCCUCUUAAAGUAAUUGAGGGCACAUUUUCGAAAUCUUCCUUACGGUACUUGCAUAAGUUUGACAGGAAUUUCAGUACUAGGUAUUUCAAAUCGCUGAACGAUAAGACCAUGUGGAGCAAAGCUUUACAAAACCUUGAUGCAAACAACGAAUAUGCUGUGGCUACAUGGAUCGAAUCUUGCAAGAACCACGGAUUUAAUGAUUUCCUGUCGAUCUUAGAGGAAGGCUCGGCUCCUGACGGAACUUUAGCCCUCGGAAGUCCGCACUUAAGCAAUUUAAUUGCUGACAGUCAAAAGGAGGAACUUGAAGAUAUAUACCCUGUGCGACUUUCUAAAAUGUCUGUAUCCGAGUGGUUCAUUUCUUCAUGGAAGUACGAAAUGUUCCUGGGCAAGAUCCACAACACUUUAGUGAUUAAAUUGACAAAGAGAGUUGGAGACUGUGACUGGUUGGUGAUUAGUACUGAUGACAGAGUAGUUAAGACUGAUCAUGCCUUAAAAACUGACCGCCGUGAUUUACCAAAGAGCAUACCCAGUGGCCGCAGUUCGCACAAGUCAACUAUUCAGCUGCCAACCCCAGAUACCCCUAAGUCCAGAUAUAAUGAUGCUUCUUCGUUAAAGCACAGACCACCGCCAUUGAAUCUUUUGGGGGAACAGUCAGUGUCUCCUUUAAUGAGUUCCGGUCCGUUUUCAAUUAAAGAUCACAUUGGUUCGGGCACCACCCCCACAAGCUCUCCUAGGAUAACAGGUGAUGAAUUCUCAUCCAUGUACAAGAAAUAUAGUCCGAAACACAAAUUCCCAGCGAGUCAUAGGAGUGCCUCGAUUUCUUCCACAGGUACUCAAAAAAGUCGCGAUGAAGAAUCACUUUCUGAGAUCCAAGCAUCCUCCACAGCUCCGCUGCGCAUAAUUUCUAGGGGAGAAGCCUAUGGUACACUUACAAAUGCUUUUCCAUUUCCAAAACCUGUACCAAAGAAAGGUGGACCCACCAAUCCUUCUAAUACCUCUUUCGAUAGAUAUCCUCAUGAGCGCGAAAUAUCCAUUAUUACAGAAGAAACUGAGUUAGAUAUGAACAAGUGCUUGACCCCUAAUCCUGUAUACCAUUUGGCCGACGCUAUGCAUUUCGAUGAAUCAGAAGGCUCUCCGAAGUACUUUGCCGACAGCUCCAUAUUACCUGAAUUUAGCACUGCAAUGAGCACAAUAAGUUCUUCAGGAAAUAAGAAUACGGAAAGUCCUUUAUCAAAUAAUUUUGCUGAAUUGGGCAUACAGGAUAUGCAAUUACAGCACCAAUCUCGUUCAACUCCUAUCCCAGACAUUCAAGACGAAGUUUACCACACGCCACCAGAAGAGAUAGUAGAAGGUUUGACAAGGCGGGGAAGCCGAGACACCAUACUCGUUUUUCCAAAAAACGAUCAGAGCUCCAAGAAGGAUGAAGAUGAUGUCAAUAAUGUAUCUAUAAAUGGAUCCACUGAUAACCGUAGAGUAGAAUCAAACCCUCAGUCAAAGGAUUCGACAAGGGUCAGCAUAGAAUCAGAAGAUUUCCAAUUUAUCUUCAGCAAAGCACCAUGUACCUUUCGGAGCGCCUCAACCCCUCGCAACGAACAAACGAAAGAUUUCAUUGAAGAAUUUAUUGCUUAUGCUGAUCCUCCUCCCAAAAAAGAAAAUGAUACACGACCUUCAUCUACAGAUCGUCCAACGUUGUUUGAAAGAAUCAAUCAUUACUACCAACACAGUGCAUUCGAAGAUGUUUCAAAGAAUAUGUAUAAUACAUCACGGGAGCGAGCAUAUACUCUAAAGCCUAUCUCACCGCCAACGCGUGUACCAACCGAAACUACUGAGACCUCUAAAUCAAUAGCUAUGCAUCCAGCUGCUAUUACUAGUCCUAUUGAAAGUCCCCGUGGUGACGCUUCGUCGACAUCUUCUGAAGACGGGCAUCAUCACAAGUUCAGGUCCGUACUGCUAAAAACUAAAAGAAGCCUCUGCAGCAUUAAAAAUCGCUAA